CGAAUAUAAGUCGACUAACCAAUACCACUAGUAGACUUAUUAGAAAGAGACAGCAAGACCUAGACUAGUACAUACUUACACAUAAAUUAAUAUACACCCACACAUACAAUCGGACAUCAAACAGUGAAAUACAAGUAUCGGUACUGAGGUGCUCGGUGGUGUUUGUAGGCCGUACGCGUAACUCAAGAACAAAAACGUGUGAGUGAGAGAUUUAAAAAGAUAAAAGAGAACGACAGUACUGAGUACGGAGCAGAGGCAGAGGGAGCUAGUCUAUACUCUCUCUCUCAAGCAUCCAAGAGACAUUUUAUUUAUUCCAUCCCCAGGAUCAUAAAAGUUUUACAAAAAACAAAACUCAUUUAAUUCUGCAAGGACUCGCCCAAAAAAGUCCGACAGGACUUUUAACAUGAGUUCAGCAUCAACAGGAGGUACUGAGGGGUCAAGUCCUGCCUCAAGUCCAGCAUCAGCUACAAGCCAAGCAAUGUCAGCACCAAAAUAUGGUACUCUGGUACCAAAUCGUAUAUUUGUUGGUGGAAUUUCAGCGAGUACUAGUGAGGCUGAAUUAGCACAAUUAUUUUCUGCAUAUGGAAAUGUAAAGGCGACUAAAAUAAUAUCUGACAGAGCUGGUGUAUCAAAAGGAUACGGGUUCGUUACAUUUGAAACAGAAGCUGAAGCUAAACGCCUUCAACAAGAGCCUGAAAGUAUUAUUUUGAGAGAGAGAAAAUUAAAUAUUGCGCCUGCAAUUAAAAAACAGCCUUUUAAUCGUUCGUUCGAUGGUAGUUCAGGUUCACCUCCAGCUGUGCCUACAAGUCCUUAUUAUUAUGCUAAUGGCAUGGGACUACCUUAUCAAAAUGGUUUAACAUUUUACAAUACCGGUGCCCCAACUCCCGGGAAUCCACUGGCACCACCAACAGAUCCAGCAGCUCUUUAUCAAGCCGCCAGUGUCUUCGGACCUCAAGCUGCGUCAACACAUCAAACAUUUGCUCCAAUGAUGUAUCCGUGUCCCGCACCUUCACUCUACAUGCCACAACAGUAUCAAUAUUCUCCAAUGCCUUAUGAGUCGUAUUACACGGGAGCAGCUGGUGCACCUCAGUAUGUGUAUGCAACGAGUAACACAACGAAUAAUGGAAAUCCAAAUGGUGGUGGUGGUGGAGUUGCUGGUGGAGGGGGUGGUGGUGGCAGCAGUGGAAAUAAUAGUAUAGCUGGUGCAGCAAGUCCACCAUCAAAUGGAGCACAUGGACUUCAAACCAUAACAACUCCGCAUUAUUAUACAACUGGUACUCAUCCAGCAGGAGUUCAACCAGUGCCGCCUUCAGCAACGGGAGCACAAUCAUUGGAUCAUAUUUAUUAUAGUUUUACAACUGGUACACAUCAACCUCAGCAUACACAUCAACAGCAGCAUCAAAGUAACACAUUGCAACAUGGAACUAUGGGUAUUGGUGACCAACAACCGCUGCUUCUUUUUACGACUGAUGGAUCUUGCCAGCCUGCCAGUUCCGAUGCUCAAAAUCAACCGACAGAGGACACACGCUCAGCAUCGAGCCACUCAGAUCAUCAGUCACAGCAUCGUCAGGCUCAAUCAACUGGCAACGAGUCAAAUCACCUAUCACUUCCUUCAACUCCAUUAAUACCCAUAAUGCCUAUAAAAUAUCCUCUAGCAAAUCGAUUUCCUUAUCAUCCUCAUUCUCAACAUUCUCUGUCUCUCCAACCUCAGUCAUCAUCAACUCAGCCUCUGUGUCCUGAUUCAACAGACGAUCAAAUGCACUGUCGCAUCCUCUAUCAUCCAGUUUACAUUCCAAACCCUUACAAUCCAACUUCUCUAUUACCAACUCCCGUUAUUCCCUCGAGUUACGAUUCAUCAAAACGUGAUUCUCAUUUAAACAAAACAAUGACUUUUAAUCGUCCAUUAACUCAUCAAAAUUUACAUAUAUUUCCUCAAAUUCAUCAUCAGCAUCAAAAUUACAAUAAAUUAAAUAGAUUUUCCUCUCCAUUAAAUCGAAUCAAUUCGCACAAAAGAAAUUACAAUUCAUUUAAUAACACACGUACGUCAAAUAGAUCACAAAUAAAUUCAACAGUAUCAUCAUUAACUACCACGACUGCUACGUUAACUACAACAGUAACCGCAACAACAACAACCGCCACAACCACAACUAAAAAUCAUUCCGAAAACCGUAGAAAUUCUGAACAAACAUUUAAAAAAUUACCAAAUUCUUAUAGUAAUAAUAGCAAAUUAAAUGACAAUGAUUCAAAUGAAUCAUCGAUUAAUGACGAUAGUAAAUUAACAACAACAACAACAACAACAACAUUAACAACAACAACAACAACUUCAUCAUCAUUAAGUCCGCCUCCAGCGCCAUAUUCACCAAUGACACGUCCAAUUCCAAACUAUUCCCCUCCAAAUUUACAGGUGUUCUACAGCCAGAGUCGUUACUCAUCAAAUCAAUCGCAUUCGCAGUCCCAACCUCAGCAUCAUCACUAUCAUCAUCACCAUCACCAUCAGCAACAACAGCAGCAACAAAAUCAACAAAGAAGGUAUGGAAACUCCCAAAAUUCAAGCGGAUCAAUUCGUAAUAAAUCCGAUAAUAACAAUAAAUAUAAUGCGAUAUCAUCAUCAUCAAGUGCUCAAAGUGUUAUUUUGCGUAAUAAUAAAUAUAAAUUAAAUGGUAUUAUGCAAAAUAAUAAUAAUAGUUGUCCUGCUGGUGGUAACAGUGCUGGUAAAUCAUCAAAUCCUGAUGAUAAUCUAGGUGGCGCUGGUGAUGCACAACAAACAGUCGUUAAUCGUAAUAAUUUACCAUUAACGCCACCAGGUACUCCUAGAAAUUUACAAGACUCAAGUCAAAUUAGUGAUACGUGCCAUCAAAUACAAGCACUUACACUUUAAACACUUGGUAUAAUUUAUUAAUAAUAAUUAUUAAUAACAAUAUUAAUAUUAAUACAUAAAAAAUAAUAUAUAUUAAUAACAAUAAUUAAAAAAAAAACAUUUUUUUAAAUUGACAAAUAAUUAUUGUUGGUGCGUCGUCAUACGUUGUUGUUUAUUGUUGUACGUUUGUUUAUUUUUUUUAAGAUGAGGGUAUUAAUAUAAUGAAUUUACGAUAUUGUUUAUUGUUUAUUUAGUUUUAUUUAAUUGUUUAUUUAAUUCCGUACUAAAAAAAUAUAUUAUUAUAUUAUUUAUUAAUAUUAUUAUUUGUUAUUACUAAAUAUAUAUACAUAUAUAGAUGAUAUUAAUAACAUUUAAUGUAUACCCUCAGCUUAGAAAAAACUAUAUAUUUAAAUCUUAAAUCGUUAUAUAUAAAUAUACACAUAGUAAUUAAAGAGACGUGUAUUGGCAUGUUAAAGAUGAUUAUUAAUUAUUAAUAAUAAUAAUAAAUAUAAUAAUUAAUUAAUAAAUUAAUAAUGAUUAUUAAUAAGAUAAAAUAGCUAUGAAAUAUUAUAUGCUGAAAUAUAUGAAUGAUAACAGUAUAAAAGGCACGCUUUAUAAAUUAUUAAUUAAUGAAUAAUUAUAAAUUAAUGAGUAUUAAUAAUAUUUGGAGGAAAUAAUAAUUGUUUUAAAUUAAUAUAAUUAUUUAUUUUUAAAUUAAAUAAUUCCAUUAUUAAUUAUUAAUUAAUUAAUUAAGCAAUUAUUGUAGGCUCGGCGACAAACGUUAUUAAAGAAAUUUAAAAAAAAAGUAAUUAAUGGUUACUAAUUGUAGUAAAAUGCAAAGAAAUAUCCAAUCUCGCGAGCAAGGCUAGAUUAGUAUAGAAAUUUAAAUGAUAAUUUAAUUGCUGAGUUAGUGAGGAAAUACAAUGAUAAUAAUGAUGAUGAUAUUAUUAUUAUUAAUUAAAUGGAAUGAUUUAAUGAGAUGAUUAAAUAUUAAAGACGUUGUUAAUUCGUACAAAAUACGAGCGAUCUGUUAUGUGUUCAAAGACAAAAACUAAUAAAUAAAAAAAAAAACAAAAAUGUUUAUAAAUAAAAAUGCAUUAAAAAUAAUAAAUAAAAUAAAUUUAAAAUGGGAGAUAGUGAUUAUUAAUUAGCUGAGAAAUAAUAAAAAUAUUUAUUAUUAAUGUUAAUGGAUUGAGAUAAUUAUCGGUUUAUUUAUUUUGUUAUUAUAUACAAUUGGAAAUAGUAUAAUAUAAUAAUUUAUAUUUAUAUUUAUUAAAUUUAAUUCAAAGACUAAUUUAUGAUAUUCAUAAAAUUACAAGAUGGUUACUUAGGUUAAGAUGGCGCUUAAUUUAUAAUUUAACUUACGAAUUUGAAUUCAAAUGUUUAUAUAAUUAAUUAAAAUUAUAUAUAAAUUUAAUCGUUAAUAUAAUGAGUAUUAAUACAAUUAAUUGUUUAUGCGAAAAUGAAAAUAUAUGGCCUCCAUCUUGAUUGUAUUAAUCCGCCAUAUUAAUAAAAUUCGACAUUUGGAUCUUAUUAAGCUCUCAAUUCAAUACCAUAAUUAAUGAUCAAUUAUACGGUCAAUUAAUAUAAGGAAUGAAUUAAUUAAUUUCACUAAUAUUGAAUUAGUAAUUUUAAUUUACUAAAUUGUAAUUUAGGUUAUGACCUUUAACUUUUUUUGACUCAACUUUCAAAUGAUUAAAUAUAUUAAUAUAAUUAAUUGCAUUAAUUACACACUCAUUAAUCAUUAUAAUAAUGAUUAAUGUUUUAUUUUAUAUACUGACAAUUUAAAAAAAUCAACAGACUCCAUCUUGUUUGUAUUAUUCCGCCAUGUUGAUUAAAUCCCUCAUUUACUCAAAACAAUAAUUAAUAUCAUUAAUUAAAAUUACAAAAUUAAAAAAAAAGUAACAUCUUUUUCACUAAAAUUAAAUUAGUAAUUCCAAUUUACUAAUCAAAUUACAUGAUAGCCACUGAGGUUAUGGCGCUUAAUUUCUCAUUAUUCAAAUUACUGACUAUAAAAAAAAUAUAAUUAAUUAAAUUAUUAAGAAACUCAUUAAUCGUUACAAUAAUUAUCAAUAACCAAACUUUCGUUUCACGUCUUUUUAUAAAAACAAACAAACAAACAAGCGGCCAUCUUAAUUAAUCUGCCAUAUUAAUUACAUCCAUUUUGAUUGUAUUAACAUCCGCCAUCUUGUGAUUAUUAAAAACAAUAAUUAUAAUUAAUAAAAGAGUUACAAUGUCUUAAAAAUUUAAUUUAUUAAUAAUUUGUAUUUGUAUAGUAUUAUUAAGACAAAACUCUUUAAAAAAUUAACCUAUAAAAUUUGAAUGAAUUAAAAAACUGUUUGUAUAAUUCAUUGUUAUUAAAAUGAUUCUAAAUCAUUAAAGUUGAUAAAUUAUUAUAUUAUAUUAAAGGAUUAAUAAACGAUUAAUAAUUAAAAUGGUUGCUCAAGGCACUGCCAUGUUUAUUAAUUUGUUUUGUUCAUGUUAAUGAUUAAUGAUUAAUGAUUAACUUUCUUUUUGUACAACAAAUGCUAAAAAGACAACAACGUACUUAAAAAAAACUAUAUUUGUGUUUAUUUAUUAAUUAUUUUUUUUUAUUUAAUGAUUAAUUGUAAUUAAAAUCUACAUAAUUUAUAAUUCUUUGUGUCAUUAAUUAAUCAUACGUUAAUAUCAUUUCGAGCAACUGAGAUGAUUACAAUUAUAAAAAAUGAAUAAUAAUAAUAAUGAUAAUUAGAAUGAUACUAAUAAUAAUAAUAUUAGAGAUUGGAUAAAAGAUAAUUAUCUCAUUGUUGGUAGAUAGAACGACGAUAAUUAAAAGGAUAUUAAUUAAUAAAUAAUUAAAAUAAAUAAAAACGUGUCGGCUGUGAGCUUCCAAGCAAAUAACAAUAAUUAAAUUAUUAUUAACAUUAUUGAACGUGGAAAAGAAGAAAUAAAGAUUAAUAAUAAAAAAUAGAGAAAGAAAGAAAAAAGAGAGAGAGGGAGAGAGAGAGUUGGAUGAUUAUCCGCAACACGUUAUAUAUUUAAGAUAAUUAAAUAUAAUAAAUUGUUAUUUAAAAAUAAUAAAAAAAAAAAAAAACAUGAAAUCAUAAUAUAAUAUCUAAUAAUUAUUAAUAUUAAUAUAAUAAAAUAUUUUUGUUUAA